GUGUGAAUAUACUACUAGAGCAUGUGCAUUUGAUUAACAUUCAUCCUCUUUCUUUCUUCUUUUCUUUUAAUUUGAUUGUAUCACUGUGAAAUACACCACAAGACAGGGUAGAAGGGAGGGAUACUUUCCCCGUUCGUCUUUCACGUUUGCACUGUUGAUUGAUUUUUAAAUACAUAUUUAUAAUUAAAUACUAAACCCUCAUCUCAAAGUCACUCACUGCUUUCACAUGGCGCGAUCGACACUUUGCUGCCACCUGGCGGGGUUACAAGUCUUCUCCUGAGAUGACAGUUUACAAUCUCCAUGGUAACGUAGGCCAUUGCUACGGACAAAGAUGGCUCUUCAGACGAUGCAAGACAAGUAGCCCACAUAACGUUUAGUUACCGAAUUUGGCGAAAAAGAUUAAGCUUGUGCUUAUUUUUUAGACAUAGCAAAAUGAGUGUUUCUGUGACUCGAACAUUUUACAACAAAAAUGAGGGCAAGAAGGGCUACAGACCACAGCGGGUACAUGACUAUCUCUAUGAUCCUAUUUACACUGUGUCCGGGGAGAUGGAUCACGCUAGGGUCUCUUUCAAGGCUCAGACGUCAGUGGACAGAGUGCGUAAGGUGCCGGAAUUCAGGUCCAUGUUCAGCCACUUGCCGCAUCAUCCCCGUUACACCCUCCGUUUGGAGUCCACGGAUCCCGUGCCUGAGUUCAUCAAUCGCAGGUGGCGUGGUCAUGCCGUCCAACGCAGGCAGGCACUACAGCAGCUAGCUGAUGUCAUCCCAGGGAUCCAGACUGAAGGACCUGACCAGCAGGGCUGCAGUGUGUCUGGUGCAGACCGUUGGAAGUUUUUCAAGCGUCCCCUAAUCCCAUUCACCCAGCAAGUUCCUGCUGAUGUGGUCUUCGCCGUACCCUCCUUAGCUCAGUUCCAUCUCGGUGAUGGGCAGGCUGAGCGCACCCCGACCCCGUUCCAGCGUACGGUGGCGGUGCAGACCGACUACCGGGAUAGCGAGGCACAGACGGACCCCUACACCACUGAGUACGUGCUGAGGCCUGGGACCGCCCCGCCUGAGCUGCUCACACUGGCCACGCUCACCUGGGGUCAUGGCCUGCCGGCGGGGCUUGCGGAGGUGGAGAUGAUCGAGCGGGCCCGGGCCAAGAGGGCCUGGGAGGCCACCCUGCCGUCCGUGAGCGACCUGGGCCAGCUGGACAAGAGGAGGAGGAUGAUGGAGGAGAUGAACAGGAAGGAGUGGGCUUUCAGGGAGAGCGAGAUCGAGAAGCUACAGGAGGUCCGUUUGACCCUGCUGAUGCAGCUCCUGAGGCAGAGAGAGGAGACCCAGCAGGAAGCCACAGUCAGGUGUCUGGACCAGUGCUUCAGCCACCAGCAGCGCACCAAGGAGUCACGCCUCAAAUGCAUACGCAACAACUUCAUCAUUUCUCUGCGGAAGCUGACGGAAAAGCGUAAGAACAUCGAGGGGAAGCUUGAGCGACGUGACAUCGUGAAGGACUACUCCGACUACGGCUCGCCCACCUACGCCCCGCUGUCCUGCGUGGGCGUCUUCCCCGACCGUGACUCGGAGCGCAACGUGGUGAGGAGCCAGCUCCUGGACACCUUCGAAGGCCUUGUGCAGCUGGAAGCCAACAUGCCUUCCUCUGUUCUGGAGCCUCGUAUCAAAGCCCCGAAAUGCAAAGUGAGCAAGAGCUUCAUCAAGCGUGCUGACCGGCGGGAGAUGGAGUUGAUGAAGACCUAUGAGACUCUGAAGGAGGAGAAGGAGCGUGUGGAGGAGAAGAAGACUCUGCGUUUCCUCUAUAAGACGGAGCGACCUGAGCCCCGAGCCGACAGCCCUGUGGUGGAGGCCCCACCUGAGGGAGAUGAAGAGAUGGAGCUGGCAGUCAUCUUCUUGCAGAAGUUACUUCGAGGCCGGUCCACUCAGAACCAGAUGUUUGAGGGGAAGGAGAAGCGCCUGGAGCUCAUCCAGGAGUUGCGCACCACUCACGCACUCCAGCGAGAGGAACAGGAGCUGCUCAAGGAUGACAAGAAGCUCACACACACGCUGCAGGCACAGAGGGAGGUCCACUGCAAUAAGCUAUCCCUGAUGGAGGGCUACGAGGCAGGAGUGUCGGGGGCGGCGCUGGUCGACAUGCUGGACUUCCUGUCCAAGGAGCUGGUGCGCCUGCAGGAGGAGCGGCGCCUCCACGCCCUCACCCUGCUGGCCGAGCGGAGGAGGCGCAUGCGCGAGGCCGAGGAGAGCGGCCGCAGGCAGGUGGAGGAGAGGAGGCGCAGGGAGGACGACCACAUCUUCAAACAGGUAGUGAAGGUGCAUCAGGACACGGUGGACCUGUACCUGGAGGACAUCAUCCUGGGCACCGUGGAGCGGACGGCCGAUGCUCAAGCCCGAGAGGAGAUCCAGAGGCAGGCCGAGGAGGUCAACAACGUCGCCUACGCCGUGGAAGAGACACGUGGUGCUUUGCAGUCCGAGGAGAUCGUUGCUGAGCUGGUCUACAGCUUCCUUCUACCUGAGAUCCAGAAGGUUUACGUCAGAGACAGAGUGAGGCAGAGUCAGCGCCGGCACCUCCAGGCGGCCCACUCCAUCAUCUGCAGGGGUACAGAGGGCUCUGCUGCCCCACAGAGGCCCCCGAGACCCCUCUCCCCCUCGGACCGCGCCUCCCGGCAGCUCCUGCAGGACGUGGUUGGCCAGGUCGACCAGGCUAUUCUCAGCCCCUCCGUCGCCCGAACCACCACCCAGGCCACCGCAGGAUCAGCAGACGUCUCACAUGAUCCAACAGCCAGCAUGUUAGAGGACGGACCUCCGACAAAUCCUGAGGAGACUGAUGGUCGUGAGGGACAGCAGGAAGCCGAGGGCCAGGAACCAUGAUGAUCUCCUGGUGGCUAAACAUUGAAUUCUUUAAGAGUGACAUUAAAAAUGACGUGAACAUGUUCUUUUGUGAAAGAAAGCUCUCGGAUGUUGACAAAGUAAAUUACGGUAGUUUUUGACAUGCGUGAGGUAGUAAUCGGUGGUGACAUUAAAAUGGUCUAACUGUU